UACUGAGGGGGCGCGUGAGCGUGGUGGAAAUGGUAGCAAGAUGGCGGCGCUGAAGGAGGAGCAGUGCUACGGACUGUCCUGUGGAAGAGUGAGCAAUGGCAGCAACGUCUCCGUCUUUCACGUUAAACUUACUGACAGCGCCUUGAGAGCCUUCGAGGCCUAUCAGACCAGCAAGGGCCUGUCGUGCCAGCCCUCCAUCCGCUUCACUGGAAACCAAGGGAAAAUCUCGAUACCGCGAUCGGAAAACGCCAAUGAGGUGCGAACGUUCACCUUCUACCUGUCCAACGUGGGGAGGGACAACCCCCAGGGCAGCUUCGACUGCAUCCAGCAGUACGUCACCAGCGAGGGCAGCAUUCAGCUGGACUGCCUGGGUGGGAUCCAGGACAAGAUUACCGUGUGCGCCACCGACGACUCCUACCAGAAGGCCAGGCAAAGCAUGGCCCAGGCCGAGGAGGAGACGCGCAGCCGCGGCGCCAUCGUCAUCAAGCCCGGCGGCCGCUACGUGGGUAAGAAGGUGCAGAUCCGGAAACCCGCGCCCGGCCUGUCGGACAUCGCCCCGUCGCGGCGGACGUCCCGCCCCGUCAUCAUCUCAAGCACGAUGAAGAAGGGGGGCAGCGGGGUGCAGCAGCGCCCCCUGCGGGACCGGCUGACUCACCUGCUGGCGCUGAAGCCCUACAGGAAGCCCGAGCUCAUCCUCCGGCUGCAGAAGGACGGCCUCUCGCCCCACGACAAGGACACGCUGGACAGCCUCCUGCAACAGGUGGCUAACCUGAACGGAAGGGACAACACCUUCACGCUGAAGGACUGCGUGUACAAGGACGUGCAGAAGGACUGGCCGGGCUACUCCGAAGGGGACCAGCAGCUCCUGAAGAGGAUCCUGGUUCGGAAACUGUGCCAGUCCCAGAACGCCCCCCCUGCCCCCACGGAGAACCCCGUCAGCCCCCCGAAAGAGCUGCCCGGCGCCUCCCCGUCGCAGAAACGGGCGGCGCAGGAGUUCAUCGACCCGCUGGCUAAUAAGAAGCCCCGGAUUUCGCACCUGGCCAGCAAGGCGUCCUCCGGCCCGGUCAACGGCAAGCUGAGCUCGUCCAACGGCAGGCCAGCGGGCGGCGGCGGCGGCGGCGGGGUCCCGGUGUCGGGGCCGGCGGCGGCGGCGGCGGCGGACGGGGUGACGUCCGGCUCCCAGCUCCCCGUGCUGGAGAUCUCGCGACCCUUCGACCCGCUGUCGGACGUCAGCAACGACUCCAGCCACAACGGGCGGGACUGCGACGGGCCGCAGGAGGCGGCGGUGGCGGAGCGGCUGAGCCAGCCCUCCUCCGCCGCCUCGGGCCCCGCCCCCAACUCCCUCUCCAGCCUGGGCUCCGCCCCGCUCCUCUCCUCCUCCUCUUCCUCCCCCCGGCCCGGCCUAAGCAGGCCGUCGGCCGACGCCCCGGCCUCCGGCCCCUCCCCUUCCGCGGCAUCGCUGCACGGCAAGCCCAAGAAGAAGUCCAAGAAGCACAAAGACAAGGAGAAACCGCGGGAGAAGGAGCGAGAGAGGGAGCGGGAGAGGGACCGGGAGAGGAAAGGAGGGGAGGACCGAGGGGCGGAGCCCAAGAAGGCCUGCGAGCUCGCCAUUGGCUCCGGCGGUUUGAACAGCAGUAUUCCACAGGGGAGCACAGAUCUCAACGGGAUGUGCAACGAUUCUAGUAUUCUGACGUCAUCCUCGGAGGCGGCCGACUAUUUAACGAAGUACACGGAGAUAGCCUCGCCGGAGCAGCGGCAGAGCUACAAGAACGACUUCAACGCGGAGUACAGCGAGUACCGGGGGCUGCACGCGCGCAUCGAGGGCAUCACCCGCCAGUUCACCGUGCUCGACACCGAGCUGAAGCAGCUCCAGCAGGGCACCGACAAGUACAAGACAAUCCACAAUCAGAUACUACAAGAGUAUCGCAAAAUAAAAAAGACUAAUCCAAACUAUAGCCAGGAGAAGAACCGCUGUGAAUAUCUGCACAAUAAACUGGCUCACAUAAAGAAACUGAUAGCGGAAUACGAUCAACAGCAACUGCAAAGCUGGCACUAGUGCUACGCUUUUUCUUUUUUUUUCUUUUUUUCGUUUGGAAACCAGACAGGAGAAAAAAAAAAAAAAAAAAAA